AUGAGCCCGCCGGCCCUAUCCAGCCCAGGCCAACACGGGUUGGGCGAAAUCUGCGGGCCGGCGAGCAGCACGGAGCCCAGCGCGACGACGAUGCUCCAGUGCGCCGACGCGCGCGCGCACGCGCUUGGCGAGUUCAACUUCAGCGUGGACCAGAGCUGCUACGACUCGCUCGGGCUGCCAACGGACGGCGCCGAUCUGACGAUGCUCCCGCCGGCGUGGGACCAGGAGGCCAAGUACGAGCCGUUCAGUUCGCUUCCCGAUCAGGAGGACGCCAUGAGCCUCCACGACGCCGUCCCCGCCGGCGACGACGUGUGGAGCAAGGUGCUGGGCUGCCAAGGGCUGGAAGCCGCUCUCUCCGCAGGCCUCGAUCGAUGCUAA